AUGCUCUUCAACAACCUCGUCACCCUCGUUGCUUCGGCUUCCCUGGUUGCUGCUUUGCCCGGCUAUGGUCAACCGGCUAAGUCUUCCGGAUAUGAGGCUCCUCCCCCUGAGAAGGAGACUGGAACCUGCACUGCAUCUGCAUGGACCACCUCUAGUGUCGGGGAGUACGAAACUACCUGGUUGUCUACCAAGACUGAAGUCGUCCCGGUCACCACUGUCACCGAGAAGCUCCACACUACUACGGAGCCCUGCCCAUACACCACUACUGGUGCUAGCACGAAGACUCUGACCGACUACACUACCCACUUUGACACCAAAACCUACUCGACUGUGACAACCAUCUACAACACCGUUGUGGAAAGCGAAGUCAAGUCGUCUACCAAGUGCGAGACUGUGCCAUUUGUCUCCACCGCUACUUCCUACAAGACUAGCGUCUCCACUGCUAAGGAGACCAUUACAUCCUCCAAGACCGCUACGGCCGUCAUUACGGAAACUGCGAAGAAGCCAACCACUUACAUGUCUACUGGCACGACCACAGUCUGCACCACUAAGGAGGGCUACGGCGGUGGCUACUAA